AUGCCAGAUGCCGCAUGGUUUGAUUACCGAGGGCUCAGAAGACAUGCCGAUGUUAGAGCGUUUAAUGUUACCGGAGAGAUCAAUUCAACUCUGCCAGAUAUGUUGGCACUUCAGAUAAGAAGGGCGUAUUACUGCUCUGUAUCAUGGACUGAUUCUUUGAUAGGUCGUGUUUUGGCAGAAUUAGACAAUCUGGGCUUAUCAAAUGACACAAUAGUCUCGUUUUUUAGUGAUCAUGGUUACACACUAGGCGAGCACACUGAAUGGACAAAGCAAACCAAUUUUGAACUGGCCACACACGCACCGAUGAUGAUCAGUAUACCAGGGCUUACGGACAAAGGGAUACGUUCAGAACAACUUACCGAACUUGUUGACUUAUUUCCGACUUUAGUUGAAGCAGCUGGGCUUAAAAAGUUACCGGUUUGCCCGAAGAAUUCUGCUAACGUGUCGUUGUGCAGCGAAGGUUCAAGUCUUAUUCCCCUAAUAAGACAACCCUUGAAACCAAUAAAGAAAGCUUCUUUCUCGCAAUAUCCAAGAUGUGGAAGGAUGGGCUAUUCCAUGCGAACAGAUCGGUACCGCUAUACAGAGUGGACAAAGUUCAGUCGAGAACCUGAUUAUAAAGCAGAAUGGGGAAAUCUAUGUGGAGUCGAAUUGUAUGACCAUUUAAUAGAUCGUGAGGAAAAUUAUAAUCAUGCUUAUGAUGAUGAAUAUAAGGAUAUAAGAAAAGAGCUCAGUACAAUGCUAAGAGAUGGCUGGAGAAAGUCUAUUGUGGAAAAAUAA